AUGAAGCAAUUCCCACUCGCAGUUACGUUUCUUCUUCUUCUUCUUCUUCUUCUCCUGCAGCUGGCGAAAUCAGAGGAGAAUCUAGUGAGAGAUUCCCUCCUCGAUUUCUUCUCCAAACUCUCCAACAACAACAACAACACCAUCUCCGGCUGGAACUCCACCUCCGACCCCUGCACCGCCAAAUGGCGCGGCGUCACGUGCGAUAAACACCUCCUCCACGUCCAGAAAAUCAACCUCGCCGGCGUCUUCGACCCCAGAACCCUCUGCCUCUCCCAAUCCCUCUCCCACUCCCUCUCCAUCAUCAUCGUCGCCGGAAAUUCCCUCCGCUCUUCGCAGAAUUUUCCCGCCAUCUCCAACUGCUCCGCCCUCACUUACCUAGAUAUAUCUUCCAACAACAUUUCCGCAUCCUUGCCCGAUCUCUCACGAAUGAACGCCCUCACCCCGUUCCUAGCUCAACAAAACAACUUCUCCGGCGAGAUACCGGACCUCGAUUUCACGCGUUUCCGCGUCUUCAACGUCUCCCACAACCGCCUCUCCGGCCUCAUCCCGGUCGGAGCGCGUGGCUUACCGCCGGGAAGCUUUUUAGACAAUCCAGAGCUCUGCGGCCCUCCGCUGACGGAAAAUUGCUCUUCGGCUGCGGCAGCUGAGUCAGCUCCCAACGCGCCUCCGCCUCCGCCGCAGGUAAAAAAUGAAGGCGAAAAAGUCGAGGCAAGGCGAAGAUGCUGGCGUGGAAAGCGUGAUCAAGCCGGCGGCGGAGGUGAAGGAGGGAAGAAAUGA